AUGGCCAAGAAGAAGAAUAAAGGCACCAACGAGGAGAAACCUCUGGUCUACUUGGAGAUAGAAAUUGAUAGCGUGAAGAAAGGACAAAUUGAAAUCAAGCUGUUUGAUGACCAGGUUCCAAGUACGGCCAAAAAUUUUAGAAAUCUUUGUAAAGGAACCGGUGGACAGUUUGCUGUAAAAUCUAGUGACAAUAAAUGUUUUCCGGUUACUGAUCCUGUUGAGAACAUAGGGAAGCAUGACGAACCCUAUUUACUAUCGAUGGCAAACCAUGAAGGCAUAUUGACAAUUGGAUCACAGUUUUUCAUCACUUUCUCAUGUUUGCCUCAGCUCGACGGGAAACAUGUUGUUUUCGGCAAGGUUGUGAACGGGAUGGACAUACUUCAUGAGAUGGAGAGCGUCCCAACUUAUCUCGGAAGACCAAUGGUGCCGGUAGUUAUUGUAGGUUGUGGUGAGAUCGAUAAGGAGUUAAUUAAGGACAAAAACCUCCCAGCUGUGACAGACGCAGGGAAAUGA